AUCUGUGUUUUUGAAACAUUUUUUUGCGAGGAAAAGAAAGGAAAUCUCAACUCGGAGCAUCCGCAGAAAGGUCGUUGGACGUCCCACCAUCGUAAUACGCUAGUAGCUGUGUUUUGCUUGCGAAAAUCUCAACUCGUGAGAAAAUCAAUGGAAGCGACCCACGGCGGCGAGAAGGGAAAGAGCCGGUUGUGUAGCAUCUGCAAUCAACGAAGGCCUGCUCUCAAACGACCUAAAACCCUUCAACAAAUUUGCAAGGAAUGCUUCUAUGAGGUAUUUGAAGAAGAGAUUCACAGGGUGAUUGUGGACAAUAAGCUGUUUAAACCAGGGGAACGCAUUGCCAUAGGAGCCUCUGGUGGAAAAGAUUCCACGGUUCUUGCGUAUGUAAUGUCAGAACUAAACCGUCGGCACAACUAUGGCUUAGAUCUUUUUCUCCUAUCAGUAGAUGAAGGGAUCACAGGCUACAGGGAUGACUCGCUCGAAACUGUUAAAAGAAAUGAGGUUCAGUAUGGUCUGCCGCUCAAAGUCGUAUCCUAUAAGGAUCUGUACGGAUGGACAAUGGAUGAGAUUGUGAAGAUGAUUGGUCUUAAGAACAAUUGCACAUUUUGUGGUGUUUUUCGCCGCCAGGCUCUUGAUCGUGGCGCCGCCUUGUUAAAAGUGGACAAACUAGCUACUGGGCAUAAUGCUGAUGAUAUUGCCGAGACAGUUCUCUUGAAUAUUUUGCGAGGUGACAUUGCUAGAUUAAGCCGAUGCACAUCUAUAAUUACUGGUGAAGAUGGACCGAUUCCUAGAUGCAAGCCAUUUAAGUACACAUAUGAGAAGGAAAUCGUUAUGUAUGCAUACUUCAAGAAACUGGACUACUUUUCAACCGAAUGCAUAUAUUCACCAAAUGCUUAUCGUGGGUUUGCUCGGGAGUUCAUUAAAGAUUUAGAGAGAAUCAGACCCCGAGCCAUACUUGACAUCAUCAAAUCAGGUGAGGAUUUCAGGAUUGCGACGUCUACAAAAAUGCCGGAGCAGGGAACUUGUCAACGCUGUGGCUAUAUUUCUAGCCAGAAAUGGUGUAAAGCUUGUGUUUUGCUGGAGGGGCUGAAUCGUGGUUUGCCAAAGCUCGGGAUUGGGAGAACUCGAGGUGUAAACAGCAAGCACCAAAAGGAUGAUCAACAGAUUGACACAAAGAAUAUACAGAGCAAACCAUGUGGAACUCUUGAUUUCUAAUACAGAAUCUCUCUCCAUUUUUAGUUCUAACUUGAAUCCUUCAAAUUGGUGAGAAAAUUUAAGCUCCAUUUUUGCCUUUGUGUUUAUGCUAAACAGAUUAUUGGCAUGUAUCUUAUUAGGAUCUUGAGGCUUUCCUUCUUGUAGUAUUCAAGAAGCCAAAUAGUGUUUGAUUUAAUGUUCAUUUGAAUAGGACAUACCAAUUAUGUAAUUAUAGUUACUUUUGUGGUUAAAUUUUAAUAUUGAAU